UGCAACAAAGCUACACAGACGACAAUGGCGGGCCAAGACAAUCUUGAAGUCCAGCAAUUAAAUUGGUACCAUGGCGAUAUCACGAGGCACCAYGCAGAGGCAUUACUCAUGUCUAAUGGCGUCGAUGGAAGUUAUCUACUAAGAGACAGCGCUAGCUGCAAAGGAGAAUACUCAUUGUCAUGCAGAUGUGCAGAUUCAGUUAAGCAUUUUCAAAUUGGCCGAGAUCAAAAUCAACAGUAUACAUUUGGUAUGGGCAAGUUUACAAGCCUUAACGAGUUUAUCCAGCACUUUGAGAACAAACCUCUGAUUGGAGGAGACUCUGGAGUUUUAACACUACUUAAGUACCCCUACCCUCGUAAUGUUGAUGAACCAGCUUGCUAUGAAAAGGUCCGAGUCCAUGCAGARUGGGGUAAAAAUAGAGCUACAACUGAAAAUACAAGUGAAGGACACAUUCAGUCAAAUUGGAAAACAAGAUGGUUCGUUUUGUUUAGACAUGAACUCAAGUAUUAUAAGUCAAAAGGGGAUAAAGAACCAAUUAGAGUGCUUGACCUAGAAAAUUGUCAUGAGGUUGCUAAAGAGGACUCAGUUGGAAAAGCGAAUUGUUUCAGGAUAGUGAUGCCAUCAAGAACAUUUUAUUGUUUCGCCAAUUCAUCUCAAGAAGCUGAGGAGUGGAUCACAAUGUUGAAAUGGAAAUUGGUGAGUGUUUUGAGGUCCUAGCUGGGGAAAUCAUAAACCUCUAUUCUACUUUUUCUUACUACACAUUUGCAUUUAGGUAUUUGUGGGUGAGAUACCCAUGCAAAAAGGGAAGGGAGGUCUCCCCCCUUCCCCCCCAAAAAAAGAGAUUACCGGUAUCUAUAAUAACGCACACAGCAAGUUAUAGUGACUAUAAAUUGAAUGUUUACAUAGACUCACAUACAUUCUCUUAUACCAAGUAAUAAGCUUGGGCUACCCAUGGUUAACUGACUGACUAACAUAGCAAUAAUGUCUGGUUAACUGACUGACUAAGAUAGAAACAAUGUCGGGUUAACUGAUAGUCUAAGAUAGCAAUAUUGUCUGGUUAACUGAUAGUCUGAGAUAGCAAUAAUGUCUGGUUAACUGAUAGUCUAAGACAGCAAUAAUGUCUGGUUAACUGAUUGACUAAGAUAGAAACAAUGUCGGGUUAACUGAUAGUCUAAGACAGCAAUAAU